AUGCAAAUAAAUUCGACUAAAAAUGAUGAGCCUGAGAAGAUUUUACAUUCAUCCCUCGCAGGUCAUGAGCUUCGCGAUACCUUUUACUCCAACAGCAAGAAAAAGAAAGGCUGCGUUUUCCAUGUUGUUCUCAACUCCCUUGGCCUUUUAUUGCAAAGAAACAGCAUGUCGAUUUCCGGUAGCACUGUUGCUACCAAGGACCACGUCGUGCCAAUUUCCGACAUAAUAGGAGGAAGAUGUGUGCGGUUACAGAGAACACAAAGAUUUAAAUCACCUGGUGGAUGUGGCGUUUGUACCCCAACUAUUUCCGAUAAAGAUAGAAAAGAGAAUGAAGAUGAAGAUGCAUACUUGUAUGUUUUUGCAUAUAUUUUAAAGAGGAACAUGAGAAACAAUGUAAGAAGAGAACGGACUGUUAUCACUUUGAGAUUUCGAUCAUUUGAUAGCCACGAGGAUAAUAUGCGGGAAGCGGAGAAAUGGUACAAAACAUUGAAGAUUCACAGAGAAAAUUAUCUAUUGGAGGGAGCAGCAAGAGAUUGCAGAUUCAAUAUACCACCGAAACGUCUUCUAAUCUUACUGAAUCCCAAAUCCGGUUCAGGUAAGGCGAAGGAGUUAUUUCAUCGACAAGUUGUUCCAGUACUAAAUGAGGCCGAAAUUCCAUAUGACCUAUAUGUAACUAAACAUUCUAAUUUUGCGCAUGAAUUCGUUAAAAAGAGAGACUUGUCUAUGUGGACGGAAAUCGCUGCAGUAGGCGGAGAUGGUCUUUUCCACGAAGUUGUGAAUGGCUUGUUUAAGCGUGUCGAUUGGGAAAACGUAAUCGAAAACAUAUCAUUAGGAAUUAUUCCAUGUGGGUCAGGUAAUGGACUUGCCCGUUCUAUAGCUCACUGUAAUGAAGAACCAUAUGAUCCAAAACCGAUACUGGGAGCAGCUUUAACGCUUGUUGGCGGACAUUCCACACCUAUGGAUAUAGUUGAAAUUGAGCUUCAAAAUAAGGUCAUAUAUUCAUUUUUAUCUGUUGGAUGGGGCCUAAUUUCGGAUAUCGACAUUGAAAGUGAACGUCUGAGGCCUUUAGGAUAUCAGAGGUUUACAAUUUGGACAUUACAUCGUCUUAUAAAUUUACGAACAUACCGUGGCCGAAUCUCGUAUAUACCUAAAAAGGAAGAUGAUACAGAUCCCGUUUUACCACAUCAGGAAGUCUCGAGAAGCAGAAUAAGUUUGCAAUAUAGUAUUAAUUUCCAGGAAUCUUUAAACAAAAAAUACAAGUCCAACGACCACAUAAACACAACUGACUUUGAGGAUGUAAUAUCGCUGGAAACGCUAGCCAACCAAUCGUUUCGGUCGCGAUGUGAUAGCUGGCUAUCAUCGGGUUCCCGGAAGAGUACAUACUACUCUAUUGCCGAAAGUUUGUAUCAUAGCAUUUCCGAUACCAGCGAAUGUAGCGAUAGUGAUUGCGCAGAAGACAUUGAAGAUACAAAUAAUUUGCAACAUGUACGUUUAAGCGAAAGGAAGGCAAGUCCUCUCCCACCCCCAGAUAAAUGGGUUGUUGAGGAGGGCGAAUUUGUAAUGGUUCAUGCUGCGUAUCAAACUCAUCUUGGUAGCGAUUGUUUUUUUGCGCCCCAGUCGCAGCUCAAUGAUGGCACAAUACACUUGGUUAUAAUUUAUGGUGGAAUUAGCAGAUCGCAGCUCUUAAACUUUCUAAUCAAUAUGAGUUCAGGAACACAUCUUCCCUCUCCGAACACUGAGUUUAUAAAAGUAGUACGCGUAGAAGCUUUUCAAUUGAACCCUCAUAAUAACAACGGUAUACUGACAGUAGACGGCGAACGAAUGAAAUGUGGUCCAAUUGAAGCUAGAAUUAUUCCAGGCGCAGUUAAAGUUAUGAUUCCAAAAAAGGGGCAUUGA